AAGUUAGUCUUCAACUACUUUCAUUCAUUCAUAAAUCUUCAAAUUCUGAUCUCAACAUUUACUUCAAUCAAUGGCAACGGAUCGUACAACACCACACCAAAUCCAAGUUCACACAACAACACGCCGUUACGAUACUAUUACCCCUCCAUUGCAUUAUGAAGGCGGUGGUGGAGUUGCAACUCAUCAUUACUCAGACAACAAAAGUCCAUCAACCUCUCAAGUUCUUGCCGUGAUUACCGGCCUUCCUGUUGGUGGCAUACUACUUGCACUUGCUGGACUGUCUCUCCUCGGAACUCUCACCGGACUUGCAGUGACAACCCCGCUUUUCAUCCUGUUCAGCCCCGUGAUUGUUCCGGCCACGAUUGUCAUUGGUUUGGCAGUUGCCGGCUUUUUGACGUCGGGAGCUUUCGGGCUUACGGCUCUUUCCUCGUUCUCAUGGGUCAUGAAUUACAUAAGGCAGACUCAAGGGACUGUGCCUGAGCAACUCGAGUCGGCCAAGCAGGGGAUGGCAGAUGUGGUGGGUUAUGUGGGGCAGAAGACAAAGGAGGCGGGGCAAAAGACUAAGGAAGUUGGACAAGAUAUACAGUCAAAAGCUCAGGAUGCAAAGAAAACAUCAACAACAACAACGGCAACAACGGCAGCAUGAGGAAAUGGACGAGGGUUUGGUUUAGUGUUUUUGGGGUUUAUGUGUGAAAAUAAUAAACUAUGUAUUGUUAUGUGGGCUUGCACUUUCUUUGUGUUUUGUAGGUAAAGUUUGUGUGUUUUGUGAUCUUGUUGUGUUUUAGAGGCUCGUGAAUGAUUUGUUGUUUUUCAUUGUUGAAUUCAAUAUGUAAUCUAGUGUUUUAUGUUGUGUAAUAUGUAAUGUAAUCCUUUCUUUCUAGUCGAUCCAGGGCAAAUAUAUAUUUCUUAAAGAA